AUGACCUUGGAGGGUCAUAAACCAGUCACACCCUUGUUUCCGGGUGGAAAAUUGAAACACACUAAGAUGAACCACGUUUCAUCCAUUUGCUACUUUCCGGACGGCAAGCAGUUGAUCAGUGGAUCAGAUGAUAAGACGGCUCGGCAAUGGGACCUGCAGGCGCGGAAGGAGAUGAAUGAGGCGCAAGAUGUCCGUGAGCAGGAAGUAUGUGUGGUGGGGGUAUCAAGGGAUGGUCGAUGGGUUGUCACCGCAGAAGGGACUUUCGGUUUCCACCGUGGGGAGCUCAGAAUCUGUGAGGUUGAGACGGGGAUCAUAAAAUCAUUCAGUGACGGCCACAUUGGCACGGUCAGCAUCGAUAUUUCCUUGGACAGUACACUGCUGGCGAGCGCAUCAUCGGAUGGUACCGUCACUCAUUCCGUGGGCGCAAUUCGAUUAUCGCAAGACUCGAAGAAGCUGGCAAUCAAGUCAGCUGCUGCACAGUCCCUUGAGGUGUGGGACAUCGAAGUCGAGACAUGUGUCAGAAUGGGUCCCUUGCGGGAUAAUGACAAAUACAGGAUCCAUGUUGCUGAGGAACGGGACACGAAAAUUUACAGUGCGGAUAUCAUGAACCUGGAAACUGGAAGAUCCGUAUUCGAAACUAGUCCUAUUGACCAGGUGGGCGUGGUUCGAUUCUCGCAUGACUCGACGAAGCUUGCAGUCAUGUCGAUUACAACACAGUGGCUUGAGUAUGGGAUAUUGCGACGCAGAAGUUUGUUUUGGACAAUCAAAGACAAAUCGGUAAUCUUAGGCGUGUUUAACUUCAAGGAUGACGAGCUCAAGACGAUGUAUGAGUUCGACGCAUCGACACUGCAGACUGUCAGAGCUCCCUUCAAAGGGCACACCAACAUCAUCCAUGGUCUAGCACUUCCAUAUGAUAGUGCUUAA